UAAAUCUUUGUAACCGGAAACACGUGUUUUUAUUUACAAGCUUGUUUAUUAUAUUAUUUUGUUGAAUUUGCGCACUGUUAAUCAUUAAAAUGCCCAGUAAAAUGACAAAAAAGAAGAAAAAUACACAAACAAAAGUUAAGAAAGAAAAACUUGUAGAAACAGUUGAAUCAGAAGAGGAAAUGGAGGAGGAUGACAGCAGUGAGGAGGAAACAGAACAAUUAAUAAAACAAGAAAAGAUGAAAAGAAAAGAUGUCGAGAAUGAUGAUGAUGAUGAUGACGAUGAUGAUGAUGAUGAUGAUGAAGAAGAAGAAGAAGAAGAAGAAGAAGAUGAUGAUGAUGAUGAUGAUGAUGAUGAUGAUGAUGAUGAUGAUGAUGAUGAUGAUGAUGACGACGAGGAGGAAGAAGUUAUGCAAGAAACUGUAACAGCAAACAAUAAAAGAAAACGCCCAACACCAGAACAAAAAUCUGCUAAAAAAAAGAAAACAGGAGAAGCAGCCUAUUUAGUAGUCGGUGGUUUAAGUGAGAAGACGACAGGUGGAGCUGUAAAAAUGUUUUUUAAACGAAGAAAUAUUCAAGUAACGGAAGUCAUCAAAGUCCCGGCUAAAAAGGUGAUGUAUUUAGUAUUAGAGAAUGCUGAUCAACUGUCGAAAGCUUUAAGAGCUAACAAUAAAAGAUUACAUGGUAUGAAGAUUAAAAUAGAGAAAAUAAAAAAAUUACCCAGUCAAAAUGAAUUAUCCGAGGCAGGUGAACCUAAUAAAGAUUUAUUGGUGAGAAAUUUAUCGUUUGAUACACGACAAGAUCAACUGAAAGUAGUGUUCGAGGGAUGUAAAUCAGUCAAAUUGUUAUUUUAUCAAAACUCUGAAAGACCGAGAGGGUUGGCGAUUGUAAAUUACGAAAAUAUAGAAGAUGCCGAGGCUAUCAUGAAAAAAGUUAACGGACAGGAAUUAGAUGGAAGAAAAAUAUUUGUUUGUUACGCUCUAAAAAAACAAAAGAAAAAUAGAAACAAGAGGAAGAGACCAUUACCAGGAGGUAUAGGAAUGAAUGAUAGUAAAGAAGUUAUAGAAGCGAAGAAAAAGAAACAUCAAGAAAAGAAGAAACUAAAGAGAGAAAGGAAAAUGAAGAAGAAAAUGGAGGUGGAAUAAACUAUAUCAAAAACAUUUAAAACAAAAAUCUCAAAAUAUUUGGACAUAUGUUGGGAGGUGCUACAAUAACAAACAAGUUUCCAAUAGUGAGAGAAAACCAUUAAGUAAUUAUACAGCCAGUUCCUCCAAUAAUGUUUACCAAAUUUACAAGUCUCUCAUAGUAGACAGAAUCUUCCAGUAAUUACAGCAGACACCUAUAAUCUUGACCCAAUUUACCAGUCUCUCACGGUAGACAGAAUCUUCCAGCACCUGUAAGACUUAAGGGACAAUCAAGAUAUCAGAGUUUUUGUUAUGACAGAUAAGAUACUAAUUAACAUUUCAGACCACAUUUGCUCAUUGAGAAUAAUCUGAUGACAUAAAAUUGAAAGUAGGACUUAAAACCUGUAUGUUAUAUUUCAUCCAUACACAUUGGAUGAUUUCAUUUUCAUUAAUUUGACUUUAUGUUCAAAGAAUGUAUAUAAAAUGAAUUUAAAUAAC